GUCGUUGCUGCUGCUUUGUAGUUGUAAACAGAACGACAGCUCGACGAUAAUUGAGCAGUUUCUGCUCUGCGGACUCGUAAAAUAGAAGAAGACAAUCAAAUUUUGACAUCUCGACUUGUUGAAGAGUAAGGACUUUCACACCGUUGAGAUUGACCGCCUAACGAGUCGACAAGUUGUAAAAUUUACAAGCCUGGACGAGCUCUCCUCGCAGUAUGGAGGGAGGAGGAGCGUCGAAAUGGUCGAUAGCUAAUCUGAGAUCAGCAAACGAGGAGCUACGUCAACAUGUGAGUCAAUUGAAAAGAGAUUUAGAGCAAGAAAGGAAACAGAGUCGACAAGCUCACAGAGAGAAGGUGGCAGGAAUUCGAACAGCGAGAGACGAAGAGCAAGCCAAAGGUCUGGCUGCAAGAGAAGACUUGAAGCAUAAAAUGAAUCAAGAAAGAGUAAAUGAGCUUCAAAUGCAGAAAGACGACAUGGAAAGAAUGAGAGAGAUGGAGUUGCAGUUGUUGGCAAGGCAACACGAAGAGAACAUGAAAGUAAUGACAGACAGACACGAAAGAGAGAAAGCAGAACUGGAGAAAUUGAUGAAAACACAAGUCUAUCAGCAGGCUAGAUGCGAGAUUCAAGAACAAUUUGAUGUCGAAAAGAAGAGACUGAUGCAUGAGAUGUUUGAGAUGCAGACUGUGAAAAAUGAUGCUGAAAAAAGGAUGCAAAUAGCUGUUGAUUCUGACCGUGAGAAAGCAGAAAAAAUUAGGCAGCUGAAUCAAGAGCAUCGUGAUGAAAUACAGAGACUGAGGCGUGAGACGAGACAAAGCAGCAAGCAGCAGACGGAGGAACUGAAAAGCAAAGAGAGGCAGCUUCACCAAAAAGAGCAGGAGCUGGUGGGAGUGGCCAGAAGAGCGGCCGUACUGAAAGCAGAGAAGGAAGAACUUGAACAGAAGUUGAAAAGAGUUCAGGAAGCAGAAUCAUGGCAAAAGAAAAGUCCACGAGCUGCAACUCCAGGACUGGGAGAUUUAAGUUUUGAGGCAGUUACUACACCGACUCACAUGAAACGAUUUACCGAUGAAGAGAAAAGGCGCAUUGCUCACAAUGCAGAGCUGACACAGUUAAAUCGAAGACUAGAGGAGAAGAAUGGUGUUCUCACUCGGGAAAAGGAAAACUUGCAACAUGAGCUAAAUGAGGCAAAAUGCAAGAGUCAACCGCUGGAAUCAAAAUGUGAGAAGUUGAUGAAGAAAAACAACCAACUGGUAACAACAGUAAGAGACCUUGACAGAAAGACGAAGAAACUGAAGGAGGAGACAGAUGCUAUGAGAGAAGAGAGGGAUGCAUUAGUGCAGAAAACUGAUCAACUGGAGAAAAGUGCUAAACGUCAGCCAACAAGAAUAGGAGAACGACAGUUGGCUGGUUACAAGAACGAAAUUGAAAUGCGAAAUCAGCAGCUGGAAGAGCAAAGGAACACUAUAGCUAAACUGAAGGAGAAGAAUGUACGUCUCAAGAAGCGUCUGGAGGUUGUGAAGCAAUCUAGAAUGUCAUUAAUGAUUGAAAGAGAUCAGACACGAAGUCCUGGUUUGAGUAAAUCAUGGGAUGAAGAGUCUAUGGGCAGCACUCUACAUGAAGACUUGGAUCAAGCCGUGUUCGAUAAAGAUGAGACUGAACAAAAGUAUAAAGAGAUCAUGAAGGAAAGACUGAAACUGGAGCGAUCGUAUGCUCAGAUGCAAAUUAAGUUGGGAACAGAUGUUGAUGUGGAAAGAGAAAAGAUGAUGAAAGAACGUAUGACAAUGGACUUGUCUGAAGCUCAUGGUAAAGUCUUUAUUCUUGAAGCAAAGUUGAAAGAACAGGCUCGUAAUUUUGAGGAGAUGGUUAGUGAGGAAAAGCAAAGACUAGAGGAGAAACUGAGAGAACAGGAGACAAAACUGCAGCAGGCUGAGUCGGAGUUGACAAGAGCUUUUGAGGAGAAUGAAGUGCAAGCAACAAACUUGAAAAAAGAGCUGGAGGAGGCAGUAAAUGAAUCUGGUGAAAACAAGCAAGAUCUUCUGGGCUUUCAAGAGCAACUACGAGAAUCAGUUACAGAAAUUGCUGAACACAAAGCUGCAAGAGAAGAUGCGGAGCAGGUCGUGUCUGAUUUGAGACAAGAGUUGGAAAACUUGAAGCUUGAAUUGUUGGAAUCUGAAAGACAACGAGCAGAUCAUAAGGAGCAUGCUAAACAGCUUGCUGAGAGGCAAGCAGAAAUAGAACAACUUAGAAAAAGUCUUAAGGAUGUUGAGGUAGCUCAAACGGCUGACGUUUCAACAAGAGUGGAGAUGCAAGCAACCAUAGAUUCCCUGUCUGCUGCAGUUGCACAUGCGGAAACUAGAAGCUUAGAACUAAGAAAUGCACAUGAUGUUGAGGUGAAACAGCUAACAGAAGAGCUUGAAAAUGUAAAGAGAAGGCAGUCAGAUGACAUUCAUCUUGCUGUAGAACAACUUGAAACACAACUGCAAUUUGCUACUACCGAGGCAGAGACAAAGAGGAUGGCAGCUGAACAGAACAUAAAACAGGUUGAAACGUUGGAGUUACAAGUGAAAGAACUUCAAGAAAGAGUUAGAGAAACUGAAGAAACAACCGGUGCAUUAUUGAUGGUUCAGGAGGACAACAGGGAACUUAACGAAAGAUUGACUGCAGCAGAGAUAAAUUUAACUGCAAAUCAUCAAGUGUUGACUGAAUCUCAGCAGCGUGUUAAAGCAUUACAAGAGAGUGAAGAGACUCAAAGGGAUGAAAUCAAUACACUGCGUGAGAAUGAUUGUAUGCUGAAAGUGGAAGUGCAGACAUUACGAGACAAUGAACACAAACUACAUGAGAAAGUGGAGUCAUUACAAAACAAUGAAGACCAACUCAAAAAUCGAAUUGUUGAAUUACGAGAAACAGAGAAACAAUUAAGACAAGAACUAGAAGAACAGAAAAACCAGUUGAUAGAACUAGAAAAGGGUGCUCCUGCUGAGUUGAUGUCAUUGGACACUAGCAGCAUUGCAUUUCUGUCUGUCUGUGAUGAUAUGGAGGGCGAAGCAACUGAGUACAGGCAUGUUUUGAGAAACAGAAUUAAAGAGCUGGAAAGUUUAAUGCAGGGCACACAACAUACACUGUUAGAGCAAGAAGCAAAGAAAAUAUUGUCACUGAGGCAUAUGGAUGAAGUUGAAGGAGAAUUGCCAAACAAACAUGUGCUUGAACGUUGUAGAGCUGGCCAUGGUGAAAAUGAGCAUGCACCACCACUUCCUGAAACUGGCCCUCCUUUGGAUGAUGUUUUAUUGGGCAGAAAUGAUUUAUCUUCAGGUUUACUUGAUAAUGAGAUGGACACCAAUUAUACAACAAAGAUAGAUGAAGUGGAAGCAGAGGUGAGUGCUUUAGCUGAGAACUUAAAAGCAUCUGAGACUCAACGAAAACAAGCAGAAGAGAGUUUAGUAUCUCUGGAGGUGAGAAAUAAGGCAUUAGAAGAAACUGCUGCUCAAGUAGAACAGCUGAAAAAUCGAAACGAAGCAUUGGAGAAAGAAAACAUGGAACUAACAAAGGAGAUGGCCAAGCUGAGUGUAGUAGAGGAGAGUCAUGCCAAGUUGCAAAGUCAAGUGCAAGAGAAUGAUGGUGUGCUAAAGGCUCGACAGUCAGAUUUGAACAGAUUGCAACGAGAAAGAGAUGAAAUUUUAAGAAGAAAUGUUCUUUUGACACAACAGGUUCAAGAUUUGAAUGCUGCUGUUGAAAAAAGUACAAACAUGAAAGAGAAGAUAAAGGAUCUGGAGGGAAGGCGGGCUAGUGAUUACGAGCAGUACUCUGAAGAUCUUCAAAAAACAUCGCGUAUGUUGGAGGAUGAAAUAAGGAGACGAACAGAGGCAGAAAGGCGGCUGGCUCCCUUGCAAGCUGAAAAUAAAUUUCUGGAGAGGAAAAGCACAGCUAAGGAUGAUAUCAUCACUGACUUGAAUACUCAGCUAACAAAAUUAAAGAAAGCAAUCACUGGCAGCUUAUUGGAAGAUCUGACCGGCCUUGAUGAAGAAGAAACUGAAAUGGAAUUUCAUGGCCAUAAACAUAUGAGGAAGAAUCGUUCUAUGGGCUCAAUGGAUUUAUCAGAAGCAUUAAGGACAAUAGAUGAAGCUCACCUGAGAAAUGGCUUACCACCUACUACUGGUUCUGAAGGUACCCCAUCACCAUUGAUUAGAAUGGCAAAUGAGAGGUCUAGCUUUACCUCUAGUGUUCAGCCCUCAAACACGUCUUCUCGUCUCUCUCAUCGUUCUGGCUCUCCUUUCAUGGAGAACAAGAGAAUGUUUGUUACUUUAUUUGACUAUGACCCUGAUGCUCUGUGUACUACACAACAGCCAGAACUUGAGCUGAAAUUACAGGCAGGAGAUGUGAUUGCCAUCUCUGGUGAUAUGAAUGAAAGUGGCAUGUACUUGGCUGAGUAUGAGGGUCGGCAAGGUCUUAUUCCUGCAAACUUUGUUGAAGAGUUAGACAUCAACGAUCCUUUGUGCAAAUCACGUACAAUCAACAAAACUGCUAGUUUGGAUGUGGUGCCACAAACAAGAACAUUACGUGAUCAGAGUUCGAAUUCUCCAACUUAUAGCUCCCAACAGCUUGGUCUGGCUAGUAGUCUACCUGAGGAAACAGAUUUGAAUGGAAGUUUAAGUUUGCAAGGUGACAUACUUGAAGAUGAUCCUGACCCUCCAGAUCAGUUGUGUGUUGAGAGACAACUAGAUGACAGUGUUCUUGUUGCUUGGAAACCACCAGAUCUCUCACCACUUGGAAAGAGCAAUGGGACUAUUGUUGCUGGUUAUAAGGUUUAUGUUGAUGAGGAAGAGCACUCACUUCUGCUUGGUGCUGAAAAAACAAAGGCUCUGUUGGAAAAUAUCGAUGUGAUGUCACCAAGGCAAAUUGGACUGCAGACUGUUGGCAGGAAUGGUCGUGUAUCACAGGUUGUUUCAAUGAAAUUCAGUGGAAGAUCAUCUUUGACAUCUUCUCAAUACGAUCUUUUUAUGGGAUCAACUCCAUUGCAUCUUGAUGAUGAUGAUGAUAUAAACUCAGUAGAUAGAGACUCAGUGACAACGUUUAAUGAUGGCAUUGAACCAUUUAGCAUGCAUGUAGCUCUCUAUAACUACCAUCCUCCAACCAUGUCACCCAAUCCUGAUCCAGAAGCUGAGUUAGAGUUCAAAGAAGGAGACCUCAUCAAAGUGUUUGGAGAAGAAAAUGAAGAUGGAUUUUAUAGUGCCAAACUGAAUGGCCAGCUUGGUUUGGUGCCUUCUAAUUUCGUUGAGCCAGUUUCUAGUGCUUGGAGACAACAGCGUUCAAUGAUGGUACGGAAAGCACACGAGCAACGAUUUCGAGUUGGCAAUUCAACAUCUCCAGGUGGACCUCACUUCAGUGACAGUGAAGACCUCCAGUCGCAUUCUGACUUGUCAGACGUAUCAAGUGAUACGGCAACUGAUGCCAAGACUUCAUUUGUUGAAGCACAUCCGGGGAUGCCUCAUGUUACAUCGGAUCUCUCAGCUAACAGUCGAGCUUCAGUAACAAGGAAGGUAUCAUUUGGAAGCACUUCAGACGAAAGUGUUCCAAGUGGAGGUGCUAAGCGGGCUAGUAAGAAACCCUCUGUCUUUGCAAAGGGGAAGCGGAUACUCAAACAGAUAUCAGGCAUCACACGAAGCACAAGUAAAAGCCAUUCUUCGACGCCGUCAUAGAUUUAAAUUAUAGCACAAGUGAACAAGAUGAGUUAUCUACGUACUAUUAAGCAAGACAUUGGAGCAAUAAAGCAGUCUGAGUUGCUAAGCCUGUCCAUUUCUUGUUCUGUUGUUGGGUGUCAUCUGGCUGAUUUUAGUAAUCUUUGCCGCACUUGCUAGAAAUGUGUUAUAAAUGUAUGUUUAUCACUUAAAUUAUAGCAAUACUAAACAGAGUUGUCAAGACUA